UCCAUGGGUCCAUGGGAUCAACAAUCUUCCAAUGGGCUUAUCUUUUUCAACUUCUUCUUUUACAAUUCACUGUUGGUACUGUGGCUGACACCAUUACAAGAACCUCAUCUGUUCAAUUUGUAUAUAAAGGCUAUCCAUUGAAUGCACUCAUCCAACUCUUCAAAUUUAGAGAGAUCCCCCAUCCUAACCCUCUGAAUCACCCACUUAGUCCUAUUCACCUUCCCACAGCACAACUUGAGGAAGUGAGACCAUUAAGCCCCAGGCCCCAACCCACCAACCUGAGCACUGAUGAAGCCCAAAAUGAUGUCUCCACUCUCUCUUGUUCAGUGGGUGCUCUUCCUCUUUCUCCACCAAAUGAUGAUGAUGAUGAUUUUGGCUACUGCAACAGAACUGAGGCAAGGUUAUUACACUGAGACAUGCCCAGGAGCAGAAUCAGUUGUGAGACAAGUGAUGAAAAAAGCCAUGAAAAGGGAUCCAAGAAGUGCUGCCUCUGUCAUGCGCUUGCAGUUCCAUGACUGCUUUGUUAAUGGCUGUGACGCUUCUUUGUUGCUUGAUGACACACCCACCAUGCUUGGCGAGAAACUCUCUCUGGCCAACAUCAACUCUCUCAGAUCAUAUGAAGUCAUCGACGAAGCCAAGGAAGAGUUAGAGAAGCUCUGUCCAGGCGUUGUUUCUUGCGCAGAUAUCAUAAUUAUGGCCUCCAGAGAUGCAGUUGUAUUGAGCAAAGGACCCAAUUGGGAAGUCAAGCUGGGAAGAGAAGACAGCUUAACGGCGAGCCAAGAAGACUCAAACAAUAUCAUGCCGAGCCCAAGAGCCACUGCAAUUGCCCUUAUUGAUCUCUUCAGAAAAUUCAAUCUCUCUGUAAAGGACCUUGUCGCCCUCUCUGGUUCUCAUUCAAUCGGCAACGCACGGUGCUUCUCAAUUGUAUUCCGCCUCUACAACCAGUCAGGAACAGGUAAGCCUGAUCCUGCGAUGGAACCCGAGUUCAGAAAAAAGCUUGACAAGCUCUGCCCUCUUGGUGGAGACGGUAACGUAACAGGGGACCUUGAUUCAACUCCACUUGUUUUCGAUAACCAGUACUUCAAGGACUUGGUUUCUGGGCGAGGAUUUCUCAAUUCUGAUCAAACUCUGUACUCCUCCAAUGAAAGAACUAGAGAAUACGUUCAAUACUUCAGCUGUCAUCAAGAGGAGUUCUUCAAAGCUUUUGUGGAGGGAAUGGUGAAGAUGGGUGAUCUGCAAUCUGGUCGACCUGGCGAAAUUCGGAGGAAUUGCAGAGUCAUUAACAGCCAAACUGUGAAAAUCUUGAAGUAAUGAGAUCAAUGAAGAGAAGAGUGAGAGAAAAGAUUUAACAUUAUCAGUGUAAUUGUGUGAUCAAUGAUACCACUAUAGUAUUUGAUAGAAUGUAAGAGAGAUAAGAUUAGAUGUUAGUGCUCAUAGAUAGAAACCCAUUAUAAAAAAGUGCUGUACAAAUGUGGAAUUCCAUUGUAGAGGUUCCCCACUGCUCCAUUACAUUAUUUGUUAUUUGAA